CCGCCAAGUAAAGCGCAGCUCAACUCUCUCUCUCUCUCGCAAGUGUUGUUAUUCCUUUCUCUCCCGCCAAUAUAAACCAGCAGCCAUCUCGUCUUCUCCCUUGCAGCUUCGGACUUUCGUCCAUCGCCGGCAAGAACAGCAGCGCAGCAGGAGGUGUAGCCUUGUAGACAUGGCGAGCCUUGGCUACUACGACGACCGUGGCGCGCCGUCGUCCUACCGCUACGACGCGCGGCAGGCGGCGGACGGGGCGGGGACGUCGUUCCACCUCUUCAUCUUCCUCGCCACCGCGUCGCUGCUCGGCGCCGCCUCGCUCUACUCGCGGUGCGAGUCCGCGGUGGAGAGCCUGUUCGACCAGGUCCGGGUCGUCGUCGUCCUGUCCCCGCUGCUGCUCCUGCUCGCGAUGCAGUACUGGGCGGCGGCCGCGGGCGGCGGCGGGCGGCGGUCGGGGCUCUCGUCGCUGCUCAUGGCGCCGCUGGUAGGGGAGCACAGCGGCGGCGGCGGCGGCUGGUACGACCAGCGCCGCGACGGCUCCUCGCCGUGGGGCGUCGCGCUGGCGCUGGCGCUCGUGCUGCUGCUCAUCUCCUACCAGUCUUGCUUCCAAGAUUGGUGGUUCCCGCUCGUCAACCGCCGCCGGUGAGCCGAGAUCACCGACGAGAGCAAUGAAAUUUGCAAAGAUCAUCAAUCGAUCGAUCGAUUAGCAGGUGCAGGUUCAAAACUUUGAAUCGGUUCAUUCCACGGAUGAAACCUAGCCGAGCCAUGUAUGCUCCAUUUUAGUAUAGUUACUCUGUUACUUCUACUCAUCACUGGCUUCACCGCUGGAGAAGAGGAAAAAUGGAAAAUGAUAGGUAGGGGAUAUUUUUGCUGCAUGAUCAUUGGAGCCCGGACUGUCUGGACUCUGGUGUCUUGAGCUAUUAGGCAUUAAUAACUACAGUAUCAAUUAAUCUUGGAUGUAAAUGUAAUGGCAGCAGCAUACUGUGACACUGACACACUAUUGUGUGCUAUAAAUAAAGAACAGUUCAAAAUCAAGUCGA